AUGUCUGACGACGAAUAUUACGAGGACGAUGAUGAUUGGUACUGGUAUGAGGAAGACUGCAUGGGCAUCGGAGAUGAUCUAGCAGAGACUGCCGUACACUCCCCCAUCAUGGUCGAAGACCCAUCCCUUGAAGUCGUCGAUACAUUCAGUGAUUGGGAGUAUUACUCAGACGACUAUUACGAUGACGACCCAACGAUAAUAAAAAAGACUCGAGCCGACCUUGAUGGUCCGCGCAAGAAGAAAAGAAAACUUUCCGCUCUGGAAGAUAUCCCGAAUCUAUCCUUAGGUCCUACCAUAGUCGAUUCUGCAACAGAUAGCGAUUCCUUCAGAGGCGUUCUUUGGAAGUCAUCUGCCACGGGGGAGGAGGUCACACUAUAUGAGCCCGGGAAAGGGGAGAAGGUUGCCUUACUAAGCGAUUGGAGAGAAAUUUUCAAAACGAAGCUUUAUCGAAAGGACUGGUUUCAAAACGGCGAUUACGCAGAGGAGAGCUCUUUCGCCGAGGACAUACAGCAGCCUGACCAUGUAUUGCUCCGCGAAUCUACACCGGAAGGCCGGGAAACACAAGCUGUCAUUGGUGAUGAUGAACAUGGCGGCACAUAUUCUCCGCCUCCAUUGGUAAUUGAAGACAUGAACAAGUCAAUCAACCGACGGAAGGGACAGGCCGUUAAACACGAGCUGGAAAAACCACAAUCAAAUCUCCGCAAGGUAAUGGUCGUCGAGGAUAGUGAAGAAGAACUGGCCGAUGCCGACGACACCAGCUUGGAGCAACUCCACGCUGAUUUUGGGGAUGGAAUGAUGGUUAUUGACAAUAGAGAAGGAGAGCCGGACGAUCUAUCCAAUCGCGCUGCCAAUCCGGAAGAUGUGGGAAAUAUGAACCAAGAAACGCAAAAAGAUGAACCUUCCGCCCAUGGUAGAGUAUUAAGAGUCGAAGUACCCGCGUUAUCUAAAAUUUCAGCAACGAAAGCACCAGUUUCAACUACAAAACGCACGAAAGGCAAGUCCUCUCCUGUGACGGAAAUAACAAAUCCCAAACCAGCGAAAAGGAUUCGAACGUCGCAGAACAACACCCUUAUUCCAAGUCCCACUGACGAUGGAGUCACUGACCGCAAGGUCGCUGGUCAAAAAAGAAAAAGCGCAGGUGAUGUUGAUAGUAAUGACCAAUCUGAUAGAAAACGACGCUCAAGGCGAAUAGUCUCUACGUCGUCAAAUUCUUCUGUCAAGCUUUCGGAAGAAAACAAGCGUGAUCAAAAACGGAUCCGUGCAGCCUCUCCGAGUUCAACAAAAGGAAAACGCGGGAAGAAGAAGAAUGCGUAA